ACCACAACAAAAAUGGCGACCAGCAGUAAAGUAGCAACGGAUACACAGAAAAAACAAUCAAAUAAAGACAGAGAUUCGUCCUCAGAGGAAGAUGACGAGGAUGGAUUAGAUCUAGGGACGUCUUCCAUACCUUCUGUUGGCAUGAAAAGCCCAAACAAAGAAUUUGAAAUGAUAAAUCUGGACGCUGACGAGGAAGACGAAGAAGAAGAUGACUUAAGUCAACGUUCAGACGACCGUCGAAAAAAACGCUACAGAAAAAAGAAAAGAAAGAAAGAGGAGAUAAGUGAGAGCAGCUCUGAAGAUGAAUCCAGUAAACUAACUUCUAAAAAGGAUGACAUAAACCCGUCUGAUCUGAACUGGCCACUAUACUUUUGGUAUUAUAUUGUAGCUGUAUCAACUGGGGCUUUGAGAGUUGCAGAAUGCUUAGGAGAAAAACUUGCAUAUGUUUUUGGCAUAACGUCACCCAAGUAUCAAUAUGUCAUUGAUGAAUACUACAGAUUAAAGGAAAUUGAAGAAGAAGAAGAAGAAAGAGAAAAAAGAGAGAGAGAAUAUGUAGAGAAAAAGCAAGCAGAGAGAAUCGCACAGCUGGAGGGUGGUGAAAAAGCUUCUGAAAUCUUAACCAUACCAGAGGAGGAUGUUAGCAAUACUGCCAAAUAGACCAGCAAACUUAAACAAUUGAAAACAAAAAAUGGCAAGAGAAAUGCGUAGGUAUUUUUCUUGGUCAAAUGGUGUUCUCGGUAAAAGGGGACCAAAGAUUCUACUGGUUCUACACCCAUGCAUUUUUGUAAUAUAUAGACACAGACUCAGACCUUUGGGGUUUUGAUAUCUGUCAAUCAAAAAACAUCCCAGACAAUUGGAAAUUUGAUUGACAAAAGCCAAAAACCCAGACAUCUAUGGCUGUGUAAGUCAUGUUAUUGUGAAAACAGGCAUUAUUGACCUGUGUGCAGAUUUGCCCCACCCCCUUGGGAAAAAUGGGGUGAGGAAAGUUCUUUUCAGCCUUUACCCCAAGGGGGGAGGGGAUAGUAACCAGGUUUUAAAAUAAUGGCCAGUCAUUGCACAAUGUCUGUUGGGGGGUACUCCCCUACAUUCGCUAUACGGGUACAUGCCACCAAACAGGGUAUGGUUUUCAGCGAUUCUACUCUGGAACAGGGUAUAUAAAAUCACGCUUGCUCUGAGACAGGGUAUAUGAAAAAUCACGCUCUCUCCCCUCUGGAACARGGUAUCUAUUUUCACAAUACCAGAACAGGGUAAGGUUUUCAGCAAUCUUGUUCUGGAAUAGGGUAUGAAUUUCAGCAAUUUUAUCUGGAACAGGGUCAGGGUUCAGAGGGCUCAGCGGCACAUCCCUACCUUAAAGAGUAAGAGUACCCCCCUCCCCCCCGAAAUGUCUGGUCAGAAUUGAAACUGGUCUGGUCAAAUCUUUGUCUUACAGGUUAUUUUGACCAGUAAAGUUGAGCCAGAAAUGAGGUGUGACUGAGCUAAAACUAAUUUGGCCAGUCAAAAUGACCUGCAACUGACCAGCCCUCAUUUUUAGCCGUUGUGGAUAAAACAAACAGGAAUCGUGAUGUUCCUUCAUUUCUAUUCAAAUACAUUAACAAUCAUUGCUUGAGUGAUUUGUUUCACCCUAUAGUAAUCUUCCUGCUUCAUACAUAAUGUACAAUUCUAAAAACAAUUUGCAAUCAGUACCUUUGAGGUUACUGAAUUUGGCAAUUUUUGUAAAAGUCUUACUCUAUAGAAUAGAAGAUUUUUUGUUUGACACUGUGAAACACUUGCAGAUUGUAUAUAAUCCAUGCAUGAAAUAGAUUCUGUUUUUCAUUGAAAAACUAGAGUGUUGUUGAUGUUAGACUUCCCUCAAUAACCUCCCCUCCCCACUUAGUGGGAUUGAUCUUUCCAACAUAAAGAUAACAGUAUAUAUUAUCUCGAUAUGCACUCUAUUCCUUGGAAUUCCUUGUUAUUUAAUUUCUAAUAACUAGGAAAUAAUUAUUGAAGAUGAAGACUUUUUUUUAAAAACCUUAAUUAAAAAAGUCUAAAACCCUAGACGUCUUGGACUUUGACUUAUUCACCACCUUACAUACAUGUCUUCUCUGGUCAAACACAAAGCAUUCAACCAAGGUGGAACUAGGGGAGGGGGGCAGGGUUUGUCCAAACCCCCAAAAUAAGAAAGGCAAGCCCCCUUUUUAGGCCAUCUUGAUCAUACAGACCUCUUAGCUUCGUUGUUUGUUGUGCACAUUUCAGACCAUGUGAUGCCACUCUUGGGAGUUGAUUUUUUCAUGUGUAAAUAUUUUUAACAAUUUCGUCAUAAAAGAACAAUUCUCAAGGGAAUGUCAUGUGAUCUGAAAUGGGCAAUUUGCAUACUAUGGUAAAUGGAUCUAUCGAAGCCCCUAAAAGGCAAUAACAGGACGUCCCCUGGCAAUAUUGAAUUAUGUGUCUGAGAAAGAAGAUAGGAAAGCCAAUCCAUAGAGUUUUUUUUUUUGGUUGGUCAAAUCUGUUUUCUGAACCUCCUUCCCCAAAAUCCUUGAUCCACCCCUGAAUGGCUAGUAUUUGCAUUUAGAUGUAAUUCGUUUUUGUAAAAACCCUUAAAGUAAUAAAGUAUUUGUAGCAAAUGUG